UGUAGCUCCCACAUAAAACGCUGUAAUUGUGUUGAGGCGCUAAGCUAACAAUGGUACAACUUGUGGGGGCACUCCGUAAAGAACUCGCCGAUUCCCUGUCGACCUGCCGGGUGCUGGUUGUUGGAGCUGGAGGGAUUGGCUGUGAGCUCCUAAAAAAUCUUGUUCUCACCGGCUUCAAAAAUAUUGAAGUGAUCGACCUGGACACCAUUGAUGUGAGCAAUCUGAACAGGCAGUUCCUCUUUCAGAAGAAACAUGUGGGCAAGUCCAAAGCUCAGGUUGCCAAAGAGAGCGUGUUGAAGUUCUGUCCAACAGCAAAUAUUACAGCCUACCAUGACAGCAUUAUGAACCCUGAUUACAAUGUGGAGUUCUUCAGGAAUUUCAUGCUGGUCAUGAAUGCGUUGGACAACAGAGCGGCUCGAAACCACGUAAACAGGAUGUGUUUGGCUGCAGACAUUCCUCUGAUUGAGAGUGGUACAGCUGGGUACCUUGGCCAGGUCACAGUCAUUAAGAAGGGUCUGACUGAAUGCUAUGAGUGCCAACCCAAACCCACACAAAAAACCUUCCCAGGAUGCACCAUUCGCAACACCCCAUCCGAGCCCAUCCACUGCAUUGUGUGGGCGAAAUACCUCUUCAAUCAGCUGUUUGGUGAAGAGGAUGCAGACCAGGAGGUGUCUCCUGACACAGCGGACCCUGAGGCAGCAUGGAACCCUGAAGAGACGGCGGCCAGAGCCACGGCCUCUGACCAGGACGGAGAUAUCAAACGCGUCUCCACCAAAGAGUGGGCACGCUCCACGGGCUACGACCCCGUCAAACUCUUCAACAAGCUUUUCAAAGAUGACAUUAUGUAUCUUCUAACCAUGGAUAAGCUAUGGAGGAAGAGGAAAGCACCACUACCUUUAGACUGGGCGGAGAUUCACCAACUUAGUGAGUUUGGAAUCUUACAAAGAGCUGCUCUAGAUGUCGAGGAGGUGUCAGGGAGCGGGCUGAAGGACCAGCAGGUGCUGAGCGCGCGGGGUUAUGCUCAGCUCUUCUCCCGCAGCGUGGAGACCCUGCGCUCCCAGCUGGCCGAGAAGGGAGACGGAGCAGAACUGGUCUGGGACAAGGACGACCCCCCGGCUAUGGACUUUGUGACGGCGGCAGCUAACCUCCGCAUGCACGUCUUCAGUAUGAACAUGAAAAGCCGCUUCGACGUCAAAUCCAUGGCAGGAAACAUCAUUCCUGCUAUUGCCACAACCAAUGCUGUCAUCGCUGGCCUUAUCGUCCUGGAGGCUCUGAAGAUCCUCAGUGGAGACCUGGAGCAGUGUCGCACGAUCUUCUUGAACAAGCAGCCCAACCCCAGGAAGAAGCUGCUGGUCCCGUGUGCUCUGGACCCGCCCAACGCCAGCUGUUACGUGUGUGCCAGCAAACCAGAGGUUACCGUCAAACUCAGCGUUCACAAGACUCUGGUACAAGGUCUACAAGACAAGAUAUUAAAGGAGAAAUUCGGUAUGGUGGCGCCAGACGUGCAGAUUGAGGAUGGAAAAGGAACAAUCCUCAUCUCCUCUGAGGAAGGAGAGACUGAAGCAAACAACAGCAAGUUCCUGUCUGAAUUCGGGAUACGAAAUGGCAGCCGUCUUCAAGCCGAUGACUUCCUGCAAGAUUACACGCUUUUUGUUAAUAUACUUCACUGUGAGGACAUGGAAAAGGACGUGGAAUUUGAAGUAGUUGGCGACGCCCCCGAAAAGGCACCGGCUCCAAGCGCUCAGGAGGAGGGAAAGAGCGUUGCAAACGGCAACAAGGAUUCUGCCCAACCUUCUACCUCAUCUAAGGCUGCUGCGGAGCAGGAUGACGUUCUUAUCGUAGACUCAGAUGAGGAGCCUUCCUCCAGCAACAUGGACGUUUCCACGGAAACGGGAGGGCUCAAGAGAAAACUCCACGACGCGGAAACGGGUGAAACUGCGUCGAAGCGCAAACGCUUGGAUCAGCAGCAGCAGCAGCCUGCCGACAACGAUGAUGAUAUUAUUGCGUUAGACUAGUGUCUUGUCUCCUGUUAGACUUCCUGUGUCCUUCAGCAGGAUGCGUCUCUUAUGUAUUUUCAUACGGUUUCUCAUACCAAACAUGUAAAUAUAUCUGUACAAAAAAACUGUUCAAUGCUUGAUGUGUUUCUUUUUUGUUUGUUUUGUUUUGAUUUGGUUUUUUGUUUUAGUUUUUGUUUUGUGACCAGAUCACAGUUUAUGGGGGGCAUUUAGAUAAGGUUUUUUCUCAGAUGGCAGAAAUGCUUUUGGACUUUGUAUUUUUACAAUGUUUUUGUCUCAAUUCACUAUUCAGGGUGUCCUUUGUGCCCAGUUUUUUGUGCAAUGUUUUACGAAGGCUGAAAAAAAAACAAAACGCUUAAUGUAUCUCAGUAUGUUGAAACCUCACAUUUGAAAAUUUUCCAUAUUUAAGUAAC